GAAUUAUAAACUGCUUUUCUUUUUACUUUCUUUACUUUUUAUUUCUAAUAAAGGCUAAUAUCAAUAUUCCGAUGGGGGCGUUUCGACCUGGCGCCGGCCAGCCACCCAAGAGAAAGGAAUUUUCAAUUGAAGAACAGCAUGUCCCAACACAAGAAUCUGAAGAAAAGAAUGAAGAAAAGAAACAUGUUCCAGGAGCAGCAAAACUUCCAGGGCCGGCAUCCAACCUCUCAGAAAUCCAGAAUAUGAAAAGUGAACUUAAAUUUGUACCAAAAGGACAGGAACAAUAGUUUUUUAUGAAAGAUCUAGCAAGAAUAUCCAGAGAGAAGCCUCUAUAUGAAGAAUAGAAACCAGCAGAAUAUUUAUACAUUUUUGUAAAUAUAAUAUACGACUACAUUCUUGAAUAUUGUUGGCAGCAAAUACUUUGUACAUUUAUAUGCAUUGUUCAUAUGCACAAUUUCCUAAUAAGAUAAUAUUAAGACUAUAGAGCGAAAAAGAAAAAACAGUCAAUUAUAUUUUCAUUUUUUUUCAUUAGUUUAUUAUUGAACACAUAUGGGCUAUUCAUCUAAGUUCAAUUUCAGAAUCCUGCAAAAUUUGCAGAUAUACUGUACAACUUUGACACCAUCUUUAUUAAUUAAUCCAACUGGUUGAUCAAUUUGAGAGGCCUCUUCAAUCAACUCAAAGAAUAUUGAGCGAUCCUUCACAAAUAUAUUAUCCUAGAUUCGUCAAAAGAACAACUGGUCUGGUAUGUUGAAUUCCAUAAAAGGCUAAUGGGCAAUGAUCACAAUAUUGAUUGAUAUUUAACGAAUUAGCCCUUUCUUGGAACACUGAUUUGUUGGUAAGGUUCUAUAGAUUGGUCAGUCCAUAAUUAUGUGUGGCAAAGCUGGUUCAUAAUAAUAAUUCAUGUAAUAAUACAUAUUUUUGCAAGCGUUAAAAAAGGGAUGCUGGAAAUGGCUGUAAUGACAGCUAUAUUAAAUUUAAAAGGACAACUAAAGUUUAACUCAAUGGAGGGGUGCCAAAAUGUUACGUGAUACCUGGACAGGUGCUACUGUUAACUAAAAAAUGCACCAGCCCAGAAUACACAAUUUCUACCAAAAAUACCCUGGUGCAGUUUUUUGCUAUCAGGAACACUCUAUAAAAGUCUGCUCUAUAAUGGGAGGCUGACUUAAAGCUGCCAUUAUGUAGUUUAUUACAAGAUUAAUUGGUUAUUUAGAUAUGACAAUAUAAUUUGCACCUCUGUGGCUUGCAGCAAUAUAAACACUCGAUAAGUAAAUCAUGUUAUAUACCGUGAAGUAAAGUGUUUGGUAUACUGCAAAGGCUAGGAACUCCAUGACCCUUAGGUAUGAGAUUACCUGUUGGCACAAAGUAUAAGAUCGUCCACAACAGAAGGGAACGAAUGACAGUGGUACUCUGAAAGUGUUUAGCAUUCGAGAGGGGAUAGGAUUAUACAUGAAGCCCAAUGUGUAGUAAGAAAGGAUAUUAUUAAACUCUAGAAAAAAAACCCAGUUCCAAUGGACAUCAUAGUUUUAACAGAACAGGCUGAACUUAAAGUGUUGGACUGGGCUGCUGGGACACUGGGAAAAAAUCAGAUGGGCCCUAGCAAGUCAACCCAGAACAUAGCCUCUCCCCUGCCCAGACCAUAUAGGAGGUAAAGGAGGGGUAUAGGAGGGGGAGGUAAGCAGCGUUUAAGCAAGGACAUAGGUUGGGGCUAAGUUGGAAGCUGGACGCUUGGAAGAGGACCCUUCAGUCUUAGUCCCAGUCCAACCCAAUCCAACCCCGUGUGCAAAUAACUUACGAGGCUGCUUUCAGUCUAAAUGCCCCCUUUAUAUUUCAGACAUUAAUGACCUCUUGCUGUACAGUUUGUAUGGUUAACUCAAAUGGCUUUGUAGAUAGAUUUAGCAUUUUAACAUGCUGUACAUGAGCUAAUCUAUGAACUCAAUGUUGGACUGUAAAUAACAUUCUUGUAAUUGCUGAGUAGUAAAGUCAUUCUUCCUUCCUUAAAAAGAGAGAGAUUAGGCCAUUCAUUUUGUUCUUCUUGAGACAAUGAGAACUUUAUUUUAUAAGCUUCAUUUCCUGGCAAAAGCACCACUUUGUGGUUUCCCUUUGACGGCCAAACACUUUUAUUAAUACAUAUAACUUGCAAGAUUCUAUAUCUCUGAUUUAUAUUAUUACAUUUUAAAUUGUAAUAUUCUAGUUUUCCAAGCCGUUCUGAAAGGUUCACUAGGCAAAUCCCUUAAACAAUAUGACAAGAUUGUUGGAUGAGUAAAACCAUGUAACCUUAUACACCUCUUAGUGGAAAUUUAUAUUAUUGAAUAUAUUGCUAGUGACCCAAAUGCAGUCCCGAUGUAUAGAGGCACAGCAUUUGAUAAAGAAAAAUCCCAAGCAAGUUCUAAUCUAGGUAAUAAAUAAUGAAGGUAUAAAAUGAAUAUUUUUAUUUUACUUACUUUACAAUACAGUUCAUCCUGACCCAUGAAAUGCACAGAGGGAGGAUCAAUGGCAAGGGAACACUCUUGUACGCGUAACCUAUCAAUGCUUUUUCACAUGCCAUCUGAAAUAUGUCUUUGGUGAAGAAUGGAGGAGCCAAUAAAAAUGAAAAGAGUUACUAAAA